AUGGCCAACCCGCUCGACACCGACGCCGGCUCCGAGCUGUUCAGCAGCUACGAAGCCGAAUUCAAACUGGUCCAAGCCGACCUAACCCAAAAGCUCGACCAGAUCCCCGAACUAAACGGCGAGCCGCGCAAAGCCGCCAUCGCCGCCGCCGAGCGUGCCCUCGAAGAAGCCGACGAACUACUCGGACAAAUGCGUCUCGAAAAGCAAAACAUCCCCUCGUCGACGCGGCCCAAGAUAAACCAACGCUUCCGCAACCUGGAGACGGACGUGGACGGGUACAAGCGCAAGCUGCGCACGCUGUCGGACGACCGCGCCGCCCUCUUCGGCUCCCGCUACACGGACAACCCCAACCACCCCAGCAGCCCCUCGGACCUGCAGCUCGAGCAGCGCCAGCAGCUGCUCAGCGGCACCGACCGCCUCGACCGCAGCUCCCAGCGCCUGCGCGCCAGCCAGGCCCUCGCCCACGACACCGAGCAGAUCGGCGCCGGCACCCUCGCCGACCUGCACCAGCAGCGCGAGCGCAUCGCGCACACCUCCCAGAUCCUGUACGAGAGCGAGGGCUAUGUCGAUCGCAGCGUUAAGACGCUGAGGGGUAUGGCUCGUAGGAUGGCUACGAAUCGGGUAAUCACCAUUGCUAUCAUCGCCGUCCUCGUGAUCCUCAUCUUCGCUGUGAUCUACAGCAAGUUCAGGUGA